UGGCUCGCCCUCAGCUGCUGCGUGUCCUGAGAUGACCUGUUGAUGUCGGUAAAAUGGAGUAUAGCAGUGGGAGUCAUUUCCCCAUCCCAAAAAUAUUUCAAUAAAUACGAUUUUGAAUCGAUAGCUGACACCGUGUGACAACUGUCAACCUCAUAGAUACAGUUUGUGACAAUCGGUUGUUUUUAAUUCGUGGGUAAUCGCGGAAGCAGCGGAUACUGUGCGGUUGUCUGAGUGCAUGAGGUGGAUGGUGCGCUGGAGCGAACCCAAAAUAUUUUAGCAGUGCUAUGUUAGCUUGCUAGUUUAGCUAGCUUAGCUAGUCCUGACAGGCACCCGAUUCACAGGCCUGCGGAUGGGAUGCGUAUAUUGCAAUGAAAGACGGGACUAAAAGGGAAAGAUGUGGACCUUUUCAAACUGAUUAAAGUUCGUUAUUAUAUCCGUAUACUUUUUUGACAGCUGGCAAACGCCGUGGCGCUCCUUGGAUCGCGUGUUGCUGCAUUCACUGCCAUUCUCUGUCGCCCCCCGGCCCGUGCCAGUGGAGCACUCCGAGCGGGCAGACUGGCACACGGCGCGGCGGUCACCUCGGUACACAGACAGCUAUCGCCGCGGUUUGAUCUUGCAUCCUGGUCAAAACGCAACUCACGGGAGAUACAAUUUGUAGCUAGUAACAGCUAGCUAUCACUUAAGAGACCCUGUGGUGGUGUGCGUAGCGCACCAUGGCCCAGACCCUUCAGAUGGCGAUUCCUAACUUUGGCAACAACGUCUUGGAGUGUCUGAACGAGCAGCGUCUCCAGGGGCUCUACUGCGAUGUCUCCGUGGUCGUCAAGGGACACGCCUUCAAGGCUCACCGUGCUGUGCUUGCGGCCAGCAGCUCUUACUUCCGGGACCUGUUCAGCACUGGGGGAGGCAGCGGCUCCAAGACCCCCACAGUGGUGGAGCUCCCCCCGGCCGUCCAGCCCCAGAGCUUCCAGCAGAUCCUGGCCUUCUGCUACACAGGCCGCCUCAGCAUGACAGUGGGAGACCAGUUCCUCCUCAUGUACACCGCAGGCUUCCUGCAGAUCCAGCAGAUCAUGGAGAAGGGCACAGAGUUCUUCCUCAAGGUUUCCUCGCCCAGCUGUGACUCCCAGGGCCUGCAGGCCGAGGAGGCUCCGCUCUCCGAACCCCAGAGCCCUGUCACUCAAACCGUUGCCGCGGGGACUGGCAGUCGCCCCGCCUCCUGCCUUACCCCCCUCCCCCUCGUGUCGCGGGUGAAGACAGAGCAGCAGGGCAACCAAUCAGAAGCCUCGCCCUACUCGGUGGUGUGCACCCCUGUGGCCAAGCGCUUGUGGGAGGGCGGCAGCAGCCGAGACGGGGGCGGAGGGGGCUCAUGCGGAGGCGGGUCCAGGAAGGCCGCCCGCUUUUCCCAGGAGUCCGUGCGAGGGAGUGCCAUCCAGAGCUCGGGGGCGCUGACACUGGCCAUGGGGAUGGGCGCCAGCGGGGCGGGGAUAGGCACAGGGGUCGGGGGUCACGGCAGCGGGUCCAACGGGAGUGUGGUCUCCAUGGGCAACGUGGCAUCGGAGGGCGCCAGCCCGGGCACGAUGAGCGCCUACACCAGUGACUCGCCUAUCAGUUACCAUGACGAGGAGGAAGAGGAGGAGGUGACGGAGGAGCAGACAGAGGAGCAGUACAGGCAGAUCUGUAACAUGUACACCAUGUACAGCAUGCUCAACGUGGGCGCCGCAGCUGGUGAGCGUGUGGAGGCCCUGCCGGACCACUCAGAGACCCGGGGUCGUAUGCGCGGUCGCCAGGACCUGUCGUCUCUCCCCGCUGAGCUCAUCACACAGAUAGGCAACCGCUGCCACCCCAAACUAUACGAGGAGGGGGACCCCGCAGAGAAACUGGAGCUUGUCUCAGGUACGUGUGUGUUCAUAUCUCGAGCCCAGCUGAUGAACUGUCAUGUCAGUGCAGGGACCAGACACAAGGUGUUGCUCAGGAGGCUGCUGGCUGCCUUCUUCGACAGGAAUACUCUGGCUAACAGCUGUGGAACAGGAAUCCGCUCCUCCACUAACGACCCCAGCCGCAAGCCCCUGGACAACAGAGUGUUGCACGCAGUCAAAUUCUACAGCCAGAACUUCGCCACGAGCUUCAAGGAGAGCGAGAUGAACGCCAUCGCGGCGGACAUGUGCACCAACGCCCGCCGUGUCGUCCGCAAGAGCUGGAUCCCCAAGCUGAAGCUGCUCAUGGCCGAGGGCGACGCGUACUCCGCCUUCCUCCCUGACGCCAAGAUGGAGGCCGACGCACUAGGGGCGGAGCCAGGCUUUGAACCCAACUCACUGGAGGGCGCCGAGACGGGUGUCUCGUCCGGCGAGUCGCUGCAGGGGGUGGGCAGCGACGGAGGCACUUUGUUUUAGAUGGGGAGGUGGAGUACAGAAGUGUUUAGAAGACGAUGAUGAUGAUGAUGAAUACCUAUAUUUCCCUGUACUCCCCUCUUUCUUCUCCUCUGGUGGUGUGGCCCAUCCCCCUGACCCUUUGGCCUUUUGAUCCUCCACCUUCGACAUGUGACUCUGAAACGUUGCUAGGGGAAACAGGGGUUGUUACCAGGAUGUUAACCAGGAAGUUAUGCUUUAAUUUUUAAAGCGAGAGUCCAAGCAAUCGUAACUUCCGAUAUGGUUUCUGCUGUAUGUUAGUAUGGGGGUAGAGAAAGGGUGAUGGGUUUGUGGGGAUGCAGUAUUUUCUUUAUUUUUUAAUAUUUUUUUUAACCAAAUUCCUGCCUCUCCAUAUCAAAACACAUUCCCCUGGUUUUGAAUGUAGAUGUCAGCAGCAUUGCACAAUGUCAGUCUGAACGAUUGUAUCCCAACCGCUUGAGGAAAAACAAACCGACAGAAAGAUAACUACUCUAUGGAUAUGAGAGAGACUGUAGUUUCUCUCUAGAAUGAGAGAAAAGGGGGAGAGAGGGAGCGAUAGAUAGACCCCUACUCCACCAGUCCUCCAACCCCACACCCUUCUGUGACCAGAACAAAAUGAUUAUGUCCUCAGUUUUAAUGUACUGUCUCUCUUCUUGUAGCUUUUAUGAUCACAGCUGGUUUCUCUGUAACAUGCGAUGGAUCCAGAGAUGAGGACUACAGGUUGUACCAUAAUUGUAAAGAAAUCCAAGGGGAACAGAGAAAGACGGCCAUAUUUUUUUGAAUAUGUAUUUAUACAACCGUGGGUGUGUACAGAGAGAAAGAGAGGGAUUGGUUUUAAAUCUCUGUUGAUUUAUUGUAUUUUGAACAGCUGUUUUUGCAAAGAAAGUCAUGCUCCGAAAAAAUAAGAUUUAAAAGCAAAUAAAUAAGUGCUAUUUUUUGCAUAAAAAUAUGG